AUGAAAGCCGUCCGAGCGGGACACAAAGGAGCAGUUACAAAACUCCUGAGGAAAUUCGAAGACAUUCAACAAAGAUCCGAAGCGGAUAACGAAGAAAUUUCAACGCUUUUAGAAGCAGUCACACAGAAGAAAAGAAUUUUAGAAAAUAUCAAUGAGAAGAUCUUGGAGCAAACUUCGGAUGAAGAUGUAGCAGUGGAAAUACAGGAAUCAGAUGAGUACAUGUUCAAUUUAGAAUAUAAAUUACGGCAAAUUACAAAAUUAGCAAAUUUUAAUUCCGAAGAUGAAUUGUCACAAUAUUUCAAAGUUGUUCGCAAAUUAUUUACAGAUGGUGGAUUCAAUUUACGCGCAUGGGCAUCAAAUAACAAACUAUUACAACAACUUGCAGAAUCUAAAAAGUUAUUGACACAGAACAGAAAAGAUAUUAAUGAAGCAACAAAGACCGUUAUACAUCGUCACUACUUUACAAAUUGUUCGGAUUCUAACAGAGACAAUGUGAUACAUGUAUUUAUGGAUGAUAGCAUGAAAGCUUACGGAGCUUGUGUAUACCUAGUUUCAGAAGGAAAAAGUUCACUCUUAAUGUCAAGAAAUCGAGUAGCACCGUUAAAACAGCUAACAAUUCCAAGACUAGAACUAAUGGCAGCAGUAAUUGGAAGUCGACUUUUAUCUCAUAUUUUGUCUCAUAUCAAUGUUAAUCGUGUAGUAUUAUGGAGCGAUAGCCAAAUUGUCUUGAGCUGGCUGAGUUCGAACAAGACGUUAAAACAAUUUGUCGCUAAUAGAGUGAAAGAAAUCAAAGAACUGACUGAAAAGUUUACAUGGAAAUACUGUCCAAGUGAAUCCAAUCCUGCCGAUGUACUAUCAAGAGGAAUAACAACUCAAAAGUUUAGAGAAAACAUGUUAUGGAUGAACGGCCCUGAUUGGUUAACGAACGAGAAUAAAUGGCCUGAAUGGAAAAUAGAUGAAACGCAAAUUAUGCCAGCAAGUGCUCAACAAGAAGUUACAGUUGAUACGACACAAAUACUGAGUACACACAGUGUAACGCAGGAAAAUACCAUAAUUGACAUUGACAGGAUUAAUUCUUUCAAGAAAGUUUUGAAAGUCAUAGCCUACGUUGAAAGAUUUAUAUUUAACUGUAGAUCGAGAGAAAAACGUACUAGAAAUCUUAAUACGCAAGAAUUACAGAAUGCAACGUAUACUUUGAUUCAAGAAGUACAACGAAGACACUUUUUGGACGUAAAGCUAAGCUUACAAAAUGGAGAAACAAAGACACACAACUUAGUUAAACAACUGAAACUUUAUUUGGAUAAGGACAACUUGAUUCGUUUUGAAGGACGUAUUCAUAACGCGCCAUUGGAUGAAUCUACUAAAUUUCCUAUACUGCUACCUGCAAAAGAUAGAUUAACCAGACUCGUUAUAAUGGAUGCUCAUAUUUCACAUUUACACUCAGAACUGUCAAGUUCCGUCACACUAAUCCGUCAGACAUAUUGGAUACCGACUAUACGACAAGUUGCGAACAGUAUCUUACGCAAAUGUGUGACCUGUAAAAAAGUUAAAGGCCGACCGUAUACAGCCCCAGAUCCGCCGCCUUUACCGAAGGACAGACUACGAGAAGCACCGCCGUUCACAGUAAAGGGAGUUGAUUUUACGGGAGUUCUGACUGUGAAAAACAACGAUGGAACUACAAGCAAGGCUUACAUAUGUUUAUUCACAUGUGCCAGCACUCGCGCUGUGCAUUUAGAAGUGGUGGACAAUUUAACAGAAGAAACAUUUAUCCUAGCAUUUAGAAGAUUCGUAAGUAGAAAAUCGUUACCGAAAACGAUGAUAUCCGACAAUGCUUCUACCUACAUUGCAGCCGCUAAGCAUAUAGAGAAUCUCACACGAUCAGCGUCACUUAAAGAAACGUUGAACAACUAUGGUACAAAAUGGACAUUUAUACCAAAACGCGCACCGUGGUACGGUGGCUUUUGGGAAAGAUUGAUAGGGAUUACAAAAGAUUGUGUUAAGAAGGUUUUGGGACGUUCCCUUAUCAAUAUAGAACUUCUUAAGACAAUUGUGACUGAAGUUGAAACUAUUAUGAAUGACCGUCCACUAGCUUACGUAUCGUCAGAUCCUUUAGAUGAACCGCUAAUUCCAUCACAUUUACUUUACGGACGUCGGAUCACAACACUUCCAUACCCUGAUAAUAGAGACUUUGAGCAUUCGACGCUUGAGAUGACUCAUGAAUCGGUGAAUAAACUGUCUCGAUUGAAAUCUCAAAUUAUUCAACAGUUUUGGUGCAAAUGGAAACACGAGUAUCUUACCUCUCUUCGAGAAUAUCAUCGAAACACCGGAAAGGACAAUCAAACAAUUAAAGUUGGAGAUGUAGUACAAGUGUACGAAGAAUCACCGAGGACAAAGUGGAAUCUAGCCGUUAUUGAUCAACUGAACAUUGGAGGUGACGGGAAAACGAGAUCUGCUGUUAUACGGACAAAAAACGGACUCACUUCAAGUCCAAUAACAAAACUUUAUCCUCUCGAAGUAUCAGAAAAUAGAGACUUUACUAUAGACAAUCCUUCUACUUCUAGAAACUUAAACCGUAAAGCGAAAAGUGUUGCCAUAGAGAAACUUAAGAAAUGGACAAAAGGAAAUAAUUCAUAA